AUGAGUCUCAAUCAAGAGAGGGGUUCCAAACGGAAGAAAAAUCAGGGGCUCAGAGAUAAAUGCAAGUGGAACAGAACAGAAAGAGAUCAUGAGCAAAAGAUCACGGGCAAGAGAGUGGCCAUCAUCGGAGCUGGGGUCAGUGGCCUGGCCUCCAUCAGGAGCUGUUUGGACGAGGGGCUGGAGCCCACUUGCUUUGAGAAGAGUGACAAUGUGGGAGGCCUGUGGAAAUUCUCGGACCAUGCAGAGGAAGGCAGGGCCAGCAUUUACCAGUCGGUCUUCACCAACUCUUCCAAAGAAAUGACGUGUUUUUCAGACUUCCCAUUUCCUGACGACUUCCCCAACUUCAUGCACCACAGCAAGCUCCAGGAGUACAUCACUACAUGUGCCAAAGAAAAGAACCUUCUAAAAUACAUACAAUUUAAGACACCUGUAUCCAGUGUAAAUAAACGUCCUGAUUUCUCAGUCACUGGCCAAUGGGAUGUAUAUACUGAAAAGGAUGGUAAACAGGAAUCUGCCAUCUUUGAUGCUGUAAUGAUUUGUUCUGGACAUCAUGUGUACCCCAAUAUACCAAAAGAGUCCUUUCCAGGUCUAAAACAUUUUAAAGGCAAAUACUUCCACAGCCGGGAAUAUAAGGAACCAGGAAUAUUCAAGGGGAAGUGAAUCCUUGUGAUUGGCUUGGGGAAUUCAGGCUGUGAUAUUGCCGUGGAACUCAGCCGCACAGCAGAACAGGUAAUCAUCAGCUCCAGAAGCGGUUCCUGGGUGAUGAGCAGAGUCUGGGAUGAUGGCUACCCAUGGGACUUGUUUGUCAACCGAUUUGAAAACUUCCUCCAAAACAACUUAUCGACAGCCAUUUCUGACUGGUGGUACAUGAAGCAGAUGAAUUCAGAAUUCAAGCAUGAGAACUAUGGCUUGAUGCCUUUAGAUGGAACCCUGAGGAAAGAGCCUGUGUUUAAUGAUGAGCUCCCACCUCGAAUUCUGUGUGGCACAGUGUCCAUUAAGUCUAAUGUGAAGCAGUUCACAGAGACCUCAGCCAUUUUUGAGGAUGGGACCAUGUUUGAGGCCAGUGACUUUGUCAUCUUUGCAACAGGCUACGACUAUGCUUAUCCCUUCCUUGAUGAAUCCCUCAUCAAAAUCAAAAACCAUGAGAUCACCUUGUUUAAAAGCAUCUUCCCUCCUCUACUAGAGAAGUCAACUAUGACAGUAAUUGGCCUUGUCCAGUCCCUUGGGGCUGUCAUCCCUACAACUGAGCUGCAGGCUCGCUGGGCAGCACGAGUAAUAAAAGGAACUUGCACUUUGCCUUCUGUGGAAGACGUGAUGUGUGAUAUUGAUGAGAAAAUAGGGAAAAAGCUCAAAUGGUUUGGCAAAAGCAAGACCAUACAGAUGGAUUAUGUUACUUAUAUGGAUGAAAUUGCCUCCUUCAUUGGGGCAAAGCCCAACAUCCUAUGGCUUUUUCUCACAGAUCCCAAAUUAGCCUUGGAAGUUUUCUUUGGCCCUUGCAGCCCAUACCAGUUUAGGCUGGUGGGCCCAGGGAAGUGGCCAGGAGUCAGAAAUGCCAUCCUGACCCAGUGGGACCAGGCACUAAAACUGAAGACACGAGUUGUUGGGAGUCGUCAGAAGCCUUGUCUCAAGCUUCUUGCUAUUCCUAUACUGUUCAUUGGUGUUUUGCUUAUGCUGAUUUAA